UUUGGUUCAUUCUGUUGUCUCAAUCCGUACCGUGGGCUUCCCCUUAAUAACUUAAAGGCGAAAGUUUAAAAAAUCCAAAGGUAAUUUGGCCUAUAAAUUCAAUGGCGUGACCUUGUUUUUUGAACCGCAUUCGGCAUUGCGCAGUCGCGAACCGCCCGUCAUGGCAGCUGGCGUGCUGCAAAUAAAAACAUAAUUUUGUUUUACACUCCUACAUAAUGUAUACAAAAUGUAUAUAGAAAUUGUUAUAAAUUUAAUCACUGUUUUUAUAAACGUAACAAAAGAUUAUUGUGUUGUAUAUUUUAGUCAUCUUGUUUGUGAUUAAGUGACGGCGCAUGUGCGAGUUAAUGCUGUGAAAUUAAGAUGUGGCUAACAAAUAGAUACAUCCAAACAAAAGUAUGAAUGGCGGGAGACAAAAUUAUGUAAGGAUGUGGCGAAUAAAAUGCCUAUGUGUACUCCUCUUCGGCAUCGCAUUGUUGCAAAUGUAAGACAAAUGUUGACACCGCGCUCAUUUUUCAUCAUCACCUGCUUAAGUUUCACAAUUUCAGUGACUUGGAUCCAAUUCGUGGACAGACCAAUAUAUUCAUACCAGAACGAAAGUUUAAUUCAAGAGGCCCUUGAAAAUGUCGCUCGCGAUUACAGAUUCGCGGAAGUAUACAGAAAGCCGGAUAGACUGCCGAAUGAAACUAAAUUCAUCCUUCUCUGGACGACGGAAGAGCUGGCACCUUUCUACACACUCGGUCAAGGCCAGAGGAAAUUCAUUGAGAAAAAUUGUACAUAUAUAAACUGUUAUGUCACUUCAGAUAGAUACUUAUUCGACGGAGACACAACUAAAUUCGACGCUGUUGCUUUCAACGGAAGAUCUAUAGUCACCAUGUCGAAAUCACAACUACCAUACCGACGCAGUGAUCACCAGAAGUUCAUAUACUUCAAUAUGGAAUCAGCAAACAAUUACCCUAUCUGCUCCCCAUAUUUCGAUGAUUUCUUCAACUGGACUUCAACGUAUCGACUGGAUUCGGACAUUCCCUUCCCGUAUUUGCAAGUAAGAGAUAGAGAAGGUGAGAUAAUUGGGCCUAAAGCGGGAAUGGUUUGGGAUGAAACAGAGGCAAUUAUUGAUGAAGAACUGUUCCAUCGUAUCCAGAAUAAGACAAAGGCAGUGGCUUGGUUUGUUUCUAAUUGUAAAAGUAGAAGUCACAGACUGCAAGUAGCUAAAGACUUGCAAAGAGCUCUCUCUGUUUAUGGUUAUAGCGUGGAUAUUUAUGGUAAAUGUGGGCCGUACACAUGUCCUCGAGACCAAGAAGAUAGCUGCAAUUCUAUUUUGGAGAGGGAUUAUUUCUUUUACCUAUCAUUUGAGAAUUCGUUUUCCGAAGAUUAUGUCACUGAGAAACUGUUAACUGCAUUGCAGCAUGAUGUGGUACCAAUUGUUUUUGGAGGUGCUGAUUAUUCCAGGUUCCUGCCACCCGGCUCGUAUCUAGAUGCGCGAAAAUCUACACCUGAGGAUUUAGCAUCAACUAUAGUCACACUUAUCGAAUACCCGAAAACGUAUAGUCAUUACCUGAGCUGGAAACGAAAGUUUACUUAUAGGAACCCAAUAUAUGACGAUAAUGUAUGUGCUGUUUGCGCUGCUCUAAACGAAAGGAUGGAAAAACAUACAACAUACAAGCAUUUUAGGGCGUGGUGGGUUCCCAAUUAUGAAGAAAGAUGUGCCGAAUGACGGGACUUAGUACAUUUUUAAGUUUAUUUGUUACUUGAUAAUUUAAUUGUUAACGUUUAUAACGUUAUAAAAGGGUUGCGGACAAACAAUAUAGUUGUGGCUGAUUCUCGAUGAAUAUCAAAUAAUUUUCAAAAGCAGUUUAAUUGUAAUAAAAAGAAAAUUUGCGUCGCGUUUAUUGUGAAAAGUGACAUUAGAACCCCGCCAAAAUGUUUACAGAACAUGAUUGACAUAAAGUUCUGUCACUGGAUAGAGCAGCGCAAAAUACCUUUAAAGUGUUGCCAGAAUCAUGUUUGAGGACUGUGAAAUGAAACCAAAGACCAAUAUUAAUGUGUUUAUAUGUACGCACAAAAUGUAAAUAGUAAAAUUUUUAUUGUAAGUAAUGUAACAGUUAUUCUGCUUAUUGAGUAAAGGUAAACUUGUUAAGUAUGUUUUGUCACUUUUAUUCAUUUACAAAGUAGCAUAAGAGUGAUAAAGACAAAUUCAAAUUAUUCAAUUUUUUUUAAUAAGUGUAUUGUAUCUAUCGUUAGUCGUUUAUGAAGUUCACGCAACUAUUGAGAAUUUUUUAUACAUCUUUAUCGUCAUAUAUAUCCUAGAACAAUAAACCCAUAAAACAAAUUUUCAUAGGGGCUGAACCAAAAUGCGUGUAUAACGCGAACACAUAGCUGUUUAUAUAACUAAAUGUCAUGUAAAUAUAACUUGGAUUUUUUAAGUUAAAGUAUAUAAGGGUUACCACAAAUGUUAUCUAAUAAAUAUAUAUUUUUCUUACUUUACAAUAAUUUACGACUUAAGGCUAUAUUUUGCUCAUUCAGGCAUUCUAUUCUUCUUCAUUUAGUUUUAUUAGCGUGGCGAUCUCCUAAAUCUAAUUAAAAAAAAAUUUGUUGAUGGAAUAAUUCAUUUUAAUUUAUAUACUUUCAAUUACUUUGGGUAUAAUGUUUACUGUAUUAAAUAGUCAGCCCUAAAGGUUAAAAAUUCAACUAUACACAUAUGUCGCAGCCAACUAUCAUAAUUGGCCGUUCAAUCAACAGCCUAGCUUCUUUACCAAACAACGCUGUUUAACUAGCGGCCUGAAUGACAUGCAACAAUUAAUAGACUCGCUGGCUAAUGCUUAACUUAAGCCAUUCAUACGAUCAUGUGACAGAAUGAAAAACGCUGAAAUAUCUCACAUAAGAAAUUCUUUAUUACAUUCGUGCGCCUUACACACUACACUUAGUGUCACUAUACUCUUCCAUACUAGUUUUUAUUAAAAUUUGGAAACAUUAAAUUUGUUGUUUAAUUACUAUAUUGACAAUGGAGUGGGUGGCAGAAUGUGGAAUUAAACUGAAAAGAACAAGACAGGCAAGCUGAAUAUCAAUUAGGCCGCUAGUUGAACGGCGCUUUUUAGUAGAAACUAGGCGGUUAAUUGAUCCACUAAUUAAACCAGUGAACUGCGACACAUAUUACAAAUAAUAUCUUAUAAGCUUUUAAAACUAUAAUUUUUGAUACUAUCGAAACUCAAAUGUUACCUGAUAUAAUUUUACAGUCGUUCUAUGUAUAUUCCAUAAUCGUUGUAAUUGUCUAAGUAAUUUUGUACUUAAAAUAAACUUGAUGUGUUACUGCAA